AUGCGCCUCGCUCACCACACUACAGACGGCGAGGUCAACGCUCACCUCCGCGAGCGGUUCAGUGACGCUCCCUUCUUCAACAACAGCUCAAUACCUGACGACAACGUUCCUAAGUCGGGACCGUCACGCAUGAAUAAUGAUAUCCGCGAGUAUUUCCAGCCCUUAAAGAAGCCUGUUAAAGGUGACACAUGGCUCCACAAGCCGGAGAUCCCGAGUCCUGCAGAGGUUCUACGCGAAAAGCCCGUUACCUUCACCGAGCCUAAUACACUCAUCGAGUUGGAUGAGAGCAUUCGUCCCCACAAGGUUGACGGGCCGUAUGAAAACAAUGAAGAUUACUUGCGCACCAAAUAUGAGCUUCUGCGCGAGGACGCUAUCCGACCACUUCGUGAAGCACUCGAUGAGGUUCGUGCCCAUCCAUUCAAAUACGAAGCCGAGUAUACAAAUCAGAGUAUCGGCAUAUAUGAUCCUGUGUACAUCACUUCCCUCGUCUUUUCACCUCGAGGCCUAGCAACACGUGUUGCUUUCUCUCUUAGUCGCGUCCAAAAGCAAAUCAGAUGGGAGCAGUCCAAGAGACUCAUCACUGGCACACUCGUAGCCCUCUCGCCCGUGGACGAUGCGUUUCAGACUCAAUGUGUGCUCGCCACAAUAGCCGCACGACCUCUCUCGGCGCUAGGGCAGAAUCCGCCUGAGAUCGAUCUCUUCUUUGCGCGCCCAGAAGACCAGGAGAUUGACCCUAUGCGCAAGUGGAUAAUGGUAGAAUGUCGUGCUAGCUUCUUCGAGGCGAGUCGGCAUACACUACUAGCCCUUCAGCAUUUGAUGAGAGAACCGUUCCCAAUGUCAAAGUAUCUCGUCCACGCUCAGAAGAACGUGGAACCUCCGGCGUACAUACGACAUAACCCAUACGUAAAUCUUAGCUCUCUCGUGAGUCUGGAGGAGAGCACGGAUUUCGAGAACGUCAACGUUCUGGAAGACUGGCCGUCUACAUCGUCGCACUCGCUGGAUAAAUCCCAAAGUAAGGCACUCAAACGCAUGCUCACAAGCGAAUUGGCCAUCGUUCAAGGCCCUCCUGGUACCGGGAAGACAUUUGUUUCCGUUGUUGAAUUGCAAAUUGCCUGCGAUAACCUGCGUAGAGACGAUGCACCGAUCAUUGUCACGGCACAGACCAAUCACGCCGUGGAUCAAUUACUUCGACACACCUCGCAGUUCGAGCCCAACUACAUUCGAUUGGGGGGACGGAGUAAGGAUAAGCAAAUCAAGACGAGGACGCUUUGGGAAGUGAGGUCAAAUGUGCCUCAACAGAAGCAGCCAGGAAGCCAGAAGGCGCAGGCUACAAUCGCAAUGAAGAAGCUAACCAACGAGUGUCAAAUGCUUCUCGCACCCUUGGAAGCAAACAAGCCGCCACUUGAUCAUAAGGUAUUGCUGCGCCUCGGACUCCUUACCAAAAAUCAAGCAGAAUCAUUGGAGAUGGACUCGCGUUACAUCAUGGGUAUCUCGCCCACUGACAGCCCAGGCAUCUUGAUGGAGCAAUGGCUAGGUAAGUGUAUUGCACCAUGCACUAGACCGAUCGGCCCAGAAGACUAUGGAUGGGGGUAUGAAGAGGAAGACUUCGAAGUCGAACAGCUGAAGGAGCUCGAGGCAGAGGCUGGCACCCAAGAUGACGACUUCUCAGAGGCUCUUCCUGGGCCUGUGACAUUACUGAGCGACAACUAUACGGGAAAAGGAGGCUCGUUACUGACCACCCUCGAGAUCCAAGACCUAUUGCGCGAGACGGACGAUCUGACCAUGAUCCGGGUCCCGGAUCGCGGCGCAGUCUACAACUACUUCAUGCGUGAGGUGAAGAAGCUCGUUCUGGUGGAAGUCCGCAAGAUUGCGAAAAAGUACAGUGAAAAUGUGCUGCAGCGCAAGGUCGGCCUCUGGGAGGAGGACGUGCGUAUCCUGCGCGAUGCACGUAUUAUCGGCUGCACUACGACCGGUCUAUCUAAGUAUCGCGCCUUGCUUUCAGCCCUUCGGCCACGAGUUUGCCUUGUAGAGGAGGCUGCCGAGACGCUUGAAGCCCCGGUUACGGCGGCUUGUUUCCCGAGUCUGGAGCAUUUGAUACUCGUCGGUGACCAUCAACAAUUGCGUCCCCAUACUCAGGUGAGAGCUUUCGAAGACGAGCCCUACUAUCUCAAUCUAUCCCUGUUCGAGCGACUUGUUUGGAACGACGUAGAGUUCGAUACAUUAACGCGUCAACGACGCAUGAUACCGGAGAUACGACGACUUCUAUACCCCAUCUACGAAGAUACACUAAGGGACCACGUCAGCGUAAAGGAUCCCAGCAACCGCCCGCCUGUUGAGGGGAUGGGAGGGAAUAACUCGUUCUUCUUUUGUCAUGAGUGGCCCGAAUCCCGCGACGCGAACAUGUCAUCCAUGAAUGCGAGGGAGGCGGACAUGAUUGUCGGCUUCUUCAACUACCUCGUGCUUAAUGGCGUCAACGCCCUGGAGAUUACCGUGCUGACCUUCUACAAUGGACAACGAAAGACCAUUAACAAGAAGCUUCGGGAACACCCAAACUUACGAGCAUACCCAGGAAUCACGGUCGUUACUGUAGAUUCCUAUCAGGGCGAAGAAAAUUCCAUCGUGCUGCUUUCUCUAGUUCGCUCGAACCGGAACCACGCCAUUGGGUUUUUGAAUUCCGACAACAGGGCAUGUGUCGCACUCUCUCGAGCAAAACGUGGCUUCUACAUUUUUGGGAAUGGAGAGCUUCUAGCUCGUGAGAGUGGUACGUGGGGCGCUGUUAUCGACUUAAUGUACGGCAACAAGAAGGUAAAGGUUUCGACGGGCCAGGUGCGACGCGUUGGCUAUCAGCUCCCGCUCGAAUGCAGCAACCAUAAACGCAAGACAUGGAUCGAAGAGCCGGAGGAUUUUGACUGCAUUCAAGGCGGUUGCGACGUGAAGUGCGACGGCUAUCUGCCUUGCGGACAUUAUUGCCCGUAUCGAUGUCACCCUUUCGACCACGAAAACAUGAACUGUACACAGAGGUGUAGCAAACGCUUGGAAUCCUGUGGUCAUCCAUGUGUUGCGAUUUGCUGCGAUCCCUGCAAAUGCCAGGUCAAGUUUUGCAACAACGGGACAAAGUCUAUGUUGAAGCAGAUGUCUAACGGCACUACUUCGUCCCGACCGCCACCUUCCACGUCGCGCAAUCUGAUGCUCGAUACCAACUUUCAGGGUCCUAUAAACCCAGUGCAGCGCGCGACGACUCCACAAGGAUUCGACAGUACGACCGAGCAGUGGGAGGCAUAUGCGAGUGGAGGUGCCCAGGUUGACGAUGCCCAAGUGUUGCAAAAGGUGAGGGAACAAGAAGCUCAGUUUCUCGAGAGUAUUCGCAAUGCCACACUACCUGCAGGGCCUUCCGCGGGACCUUCGUCCGCGUCUACGAAGCUCAUCCAAGUCUCUCCAGAGAAGGCUUCGACUUCAAGAAACACGAAGUUGCUUCUCGAUCUUGAUCUCGACGAGGCUACUGAUGCUCAGCAUGAGCAGCAAAGUCGUUUUACGGAGACCUUUUCGUAUGCGGAGGCGGCUUCGACAAAGGGCAAAGGAAAAGGUAAGGCGUAUGUCAAUUUGCUUGACUAG